CGCGAACGUUCACGGAGCGUCAUCUCGUCCGUGCGAUCACCGAUCUCCGUCAUCUCGCGCGAAUUUUCCGCGACGCCAAGUUUCGCCCGGGUAUCAGAUUCCCUGUAUCUGCCUCUCAUCUCGCUCGAGAGAUCGGCCGCGUUCGCGAAUCGAAGGAAAAAAGAGAACCCGAGACGAGCGUGAGAACCGGCGAGCGAUUUACCGUUGACAGGCCCGUCCGCGUGUCGAUUGACUUACGUCCGGGCGCUUCGCAUCGCGUGGUUACUGGAAACAUGUAAGACGAGACGAAGGGAGAACGGAGUUCGGGAGAACGAAUCUUUCGACCGAACGCGGCGAGGACAUCGCGAGACGAGGAACCCGAGAAAGGGAGAACGUGAGUCCGCGCUCCGGGCGCGCGCGUUUCAGAGAGAUCGCUCGAUCCCGCGUCAAUCUUGUCAUCAUCGUUGAUCGUCGGCCGACGGCCCGCAUCUUGGAUUCGGACGCACACCCAAGUCCGAUACCCGUCGAUUCCGUUCGCGUUCGCGAAGAACGAGAUGCGAGACGCGGACCAUCGUCGGCGGCGCGUGUAAGAAUGCGAGGCUAAAAGGACCGGUACGACCAGAACGACGAGCGCCACGUAGCCUCCUCUCCUUCGCGCUUCCACAAGGAAGAUCUCGACCUCGGGGAUUCGGCGGUAGUCGGUUAUAAGAGAGUCCGCACCGGAUUUGCCGCACGCAACGCACGCUCGUCAUGUCAACGAGCUACCUGCUCGUGUCUUUGCUGAUCGUCGCGUGGCAAAGCGGCGCGCAAGCCAACUGGUGGUACUUGGGGCUGGAGCCGAGGCUGACAUCCGGCUCGAACCAAGGGAGCGGCGUCGACCCGCAGACGCAGAUCGCCGGCGCGGGUGUGAUCGGUCCAGCGAGUGCCGAAAAGAACUGUAAGAACGCGCACCUGACCGCCAAGCAGCAGGCAAUAUGCUCCCGCUCGCCACCCGUCCUGCAGGCAGUCAGUGCGGGCGCUAGGCUCGCUAUAGAGGAGUGUCAGCACCAGUUUAGAUCAGCGAGAUGGAACUGUUCCGUCAGCCCGGAAAAUCCCGAGAACGUGUUUGGCGGCGUCACGUUAGUCAAUAGUCGAGAGGCCGCAUUCAUAUAUGCCAUAUCAGCAGCCGGGGUCGCUUACAGUGUCACGAGAGCUUGUUCCAGAGGCGAGCUCACCGAUUGCUCCUGCGACAAUCGAGUGCGAUCACGACGUCCGAGUAAUUGGCAAUGGGGAGGAUGCAGCGAGGAUAUACACUUUGGUGAAAAGUUUUCGCGAGACUGGUCCGAUAGUGGAGAAGAACCGGUGAAGGAAGGUGUUCUGCAUGGACCGAAGGGGCUGGCUGGUCAGUUGAUGAGGAAACACGAUAGCGAGGCUGGUAGACGUGCAAUUCGCUCUAGGAUGCAACGUGUAUGCAAAUGUCACGGUAUGUCCGGUUCGUGUAGCGUGCGUGUGUGCUGGAGAAGACUUCCGGCAUUCAGGAUGGCCGGAGUCGCUCUGGCAGCCUUACACGAGGGUGCCGCUCUGGUACGAUUGGCUCAACGCGGUGGAAGAAGAGCACCCAGACUCAGACCAGCGCGUCCUGAUCUUAAACGACCAAACAAAACGGAUUUAGUUUAUCUCGAGGACAGUCCUGAUUACUGUGAAAGAAAUAUUACACUCAGCAUUCCCGGUACACGAGGAAGAGUAUGCAAUCGGACGUCUCUUGGUCUUGACGGAUGCCGACUGUUAUGCUGCGGCCGAGGCUACCAGACGCGAGUGCGAGAUGUCACCGAGAAAUGCAAGUGUCGAUUCGUCUGGUGCUGUCAAGUGAAGUGCGAGUUGUGUCGACAUACACGAGAAGAGCAUGUGUGUAACUAGACGAUAAAUGCAUUCCGGAGUUCGUUCGGCCUAUUUAUAGGAACGCGCUCAUGUUUCAUUCUUUAAGUUUGACUUAAUUAAUCGUUGUCACGUUGCUUUACGUUGUAUAUCCUCGUUAAAUAACGCCGAAAGAGGCUAAACAACGAUAUGUUAUGUCGAUGCUGUUUCCACCUGAUAUAAUCAAGUAGUAAGUUCGAUUCCUUCAGCUAUUGAUCGCAUAAGCAAAGCACAGUGUACGCUCUUAUUGAGGCAAAUACUUCGAAAGUGAAUUCGCUUAAACUUAACGUUAAAGUAUUUGCUUCUGUAAGAAACUAUAAAAAAUAUAUUUGACAAAUUAUACGAGUUGUAUAUUAUAAUUCGAUACAUGCGCAUCCUUUUAUAAAAUAGAUUUUGAUUAUACUUUCUACUGAAAAUAUUUGCUUCAUUGUUACCCAUAUAUGUAUAUGUAUGAUCUAUCGAUUUAAAGAUCAUUUUCAACAGCUACGAUACGUUUUUAUCUAUAAAGAAGUUAUAAAGAA